AAAUACACAGAGGCGAGUGACACAUAUAUGCAGCCUCGAAGGCAGGCAACACUGGCUGCUCAUACAUCUUCAGAAACACCCCAAGCAGGCUGUCACACUGUGACAUCCACCGCUUCAUCCUGUUGGACUCCCUCACUGCCUUGGAGCACACACAUUGAGGCUGGUAGGAAGGCCCUCUUCUGGACCAGGAGCCUGAACUUGGUCAGCAAGGUAUUGGUUUUCGCUUUGCCUCAUACAUCGAUAAUUACAUGGUGCUGCAGAAGGAGCCUUCAGGGGCAGUGAUCUGGGGCUUUGGUACACCUGGAGCCACAGUGACAGUGACCUUGUGCCAAGGUCAGGAAACCAUCAUGAAGAAAGUGACCAGUGUGAAAGCACCCUCCAGCACCUGGAUGGUGGUACUGGAUCCCAUGAAGCCUGGAGGACCUUUUGAAGUAACGGCACAACAGGCCUUGGGAACAAGCAAUGUCACCCUGAGGGUUCACGAUGUCUUAUUUGGAGAUGUCUGGCUGUGCAGUGGGCAGAGUAACAUGCAGAUGACUGUGUUACAGAUUUUUAACGCCUCGAAGGAGUUGUCUGACACUGCUGCCUACCAGUCUGUGCGCAUCUUCUCCGUCUCCCUCAACCAGGCAGAAGAGGAGCUGGAGGACCUUGGUGAGGUUGACCUGUCAUGGUCCAAGCCCACUGCAGGAAACUUGGGCCAUGGAGAUUUCACUUACAUGUCAGCAGUGUGCUGGCUCUUUGGCCGUUACCUGUAUGAUACUCUGCAGUAUCCUAUUGGGCUGGUCUCGUCCAGUUGGGGUGGGACACCCAUUGAAGUCUGGUCAUCUAGAAGGUCACUGGAAGCCUGUGGAGUCCCUAAUACAAGGAAUGAAAGAAUUCUUCAGCCCAAGAUAAAGCCCAUGAGGAACGAGUGUAAGAGUGAGGGGUCCUUGUGUCCUUUGGGGAGGUUUGUUCCACCUUAUUUUGUGGCUGGACCCGUAAAGCACUCUGUCCUCUGGAAUGCCAUGAUCCAUCCACUGCAGAACAUGACUUUGAAAGGGGUGGUGUGGUACCAGGGGGAGGCCAAUGCAAAUUAUAACAGAGACCUGUAUUCGUGCAUGUUCCCUGCGCUCAUUGAAGACUGGCGUCAGAACUUCCACUCCGGCUCCCAGGGGCAGACGGAGCGUUUCUUCCCAUUUGGAUUUGUCCAGCUGUCUUCGUACACGUUGAUGAAGACGUCAGAUGAUGGGUUUCCUGAGAUCCGCUGGCAUCAGACAGCAGACUUUGGCACUGUCCCCAACCUGAGGAUGCCCAAUACUUUCAUGGCUGUUGCUAUGGAUCUCUGUGACAGGGACUCCCCUUUCGGCAGCAUCCACCCUCGAGAUAAACAGACUGUGGCCUAUCGACUGCACUUGGGGGCUCGAGCUGUGGCUUAUGGUGAGAAAAAUUUGACCUUUCAAGGACCACUACCUAAGAAGAUAGAACUCUUGGAUCACAAUGGGCUGCUCAACCUCACAUAUGACCAGGAAAUCCAGGUGCAGAGGCAAGAUAACAAGACAUUUGAGAUCUCCUGCUGCAGUGACAAUCAGUGCAAAUGGCUUCCAGCUCCCGUGAACACUUCCUCCACCAAGACCCUGAUCUUGGAUAUCAAUGCUUGUCUUGGCACCGUGGCUGCUGUUCGCUAUGCCUGGGCCACAUGGCCCUGUGAAUAUAAGCAAUGUGCCAUUUACCACCCUAGCAGCACCUUGCCAGCUCCUCCCUUCACUGCUCUUGUUACACACCAGGUUCCUGGACGUAGGGCAGGGGUGUCCAAGGACAUUUGGAGUAGUGCCAGGUCUUAUAUACAAGGGCCAGUCCUUUAGAUUUGGGCAUUUAGGAGUUUAAAUGAUGACAGCUAUUGCUUUUAAGAGCAAUUUCUAGAAGCCUCAUUGAAUAGCUCCCAGCCAGCAUAUGGCUGUUCCUGUCUUCUGAGAUGAGUACUGGCUAACACACUUGAAACGCUCAUCUUUGUCUCUAGUUACUCAAGCCUCUGUGCUGACUCUUAACUGGAACGCUUGGUCUUACUACCGUCCACUUCCCUGGUAUAAAGACUGAAAUGCCCUAUUUCUGCCCUUUCAUCCAAAACUGUGAACUCUCAGGCCUGCACGAGAUUUAAAGGCUGCAGAGGCAGGUGCUUCCUGUGUUCUUUACAAAAACAAACAAACCCCUGGAAAUGGCUAUGGAAUGCUAAGAAGUUUCCAUCUGGGGAGCAGAAAUCUUCCUCUCGUCAAACGUUACUACCCAGGACAAAUAUUUCAGGUAAAUUAGACAUACCAUGUAUUUGUACCUGUUAAGCUCCCCAAAAAUAUCCGUUUUCAGCCCAAAGAUUCUAACAUGAAUCUUUGAGACAUGUCAGUCCUAUGUUUAAGCAUACUGACAGGUGCUGAGGACUGGCCUUAAGGAAUAAAGAGAGAAGGCCCAAAGGGUGGAGAAAUCACAGGCAUAGGGACACGUGAAAGUAAUUGUACUUGGGGCAAAGAGGUCCUUAAAAAUAAGUCUCAGGUCCCUGAGAGGUAGAAUUCAACUAAGGCUAAUCCCCACUGAAGAAAGAAUUUGGCAGAAAGGAGAGCUAUGCGAUAAGCUUAUAGAACAAGUGCAGGCAAGGCAGAGGUGACAAUGCCAUUUACCACUUGAAAGACAGCUGACAGCUCUGUUAUAAGCUGGAAAUAAGCCAAGUGUGGUGUGCACACCUUUAAUCUCAGCACUUGGGAUAUGGGAGAUGUCUGAGUUCAAGGCCAGUUGGUCUACAGAGUGAGUUCCAGCCAGAAUUAUCUAGAGAAGCACUGUCUUGAUCACCCACCUCCCCCCAAAAGAAACUGGAAAUAAAAGUAUUAUAAUUAGUGAUGUGUUUAUAUGUAGAGUCAAAUUGUUAGAGACAGAUUUAUAAAAUAUCCUUGAAGCAUGGGAAAGGAGUACAAGUGUCACCUGCACUUAGCUUUUUUGUUCUUUGUGAGAAAUGGGAACUGAAGCAGUGAGCAUUUCUCGUCAUUCUGUGGGGCUCCGGUGCCAUUAGAAGUAGCAAGAAAGCUGUUGUGUUAGGAGUUUAUUUGGUUAAAACAAACAAAAAAAACCCCAAACUAUACAUUCUGCAAGGACCCUUGACUUGUGUGGAUUUCUAGCCUGCAUUUAACUCCUAAUGCCCAUACUGUGACCUCUCUGUAUCUGGCCAUAUGAGAACAUAAUCCAAGUAACCACCAGUUCCCAAGAAAAAGUCAAAUCUACCUGCCUGUCCCUCCACCAAACCCUGGUGUUAAUUUCACCAAAUGAGAGUAAGGACCAUUACUCAAAUUCUUUGGUCAAAUUAUGCAAGCUUUAUUUUCUAUCAGACAGGGCUGUUGUUUUUGCUCUUUUGGGAGGCCCACCAUCCAGCUUCCAAAUAAAUCACACACGGAGGCUUAUUCUUACAUAUAAAUGCCCAGCUUUAGCUUGGCUUGUUUCUUGCCAGCUUUUCUUAACCUAAAUUAUCUCAUCUACCUUUUGCCUCUGGGCUUUUACUUUUCUCUAUUUUUGUGCCUUUGUUUCUUUCUUACUGUGUUGCUGGUUGUGUAGCUGGGGACUGGCCCUUUGCGUCCUCUCCUCCUCUCUUGCUCUUUCUUCUCUUUUCUUCCCCAGAUAUCUCUUAUAUUUAUUCUUUCUGCCUGCCAGCCCCAUCUAUCCUUUCUCCUGCCUUGCCAUCGGCUAUUUAGCUCUUUAUUAGACCAUCAGACCAUCUGUCUGUUCUAGACAGACAAAGCAACACAACUUCACAGAGUACAACAAAUGCAACAUAAACAAAAGUAGCACACCUUAAAACAAUAUUUGACAACACAGGGCUAUCUCCCUAAAUCAGGGUUUGAGAAAAUAGCAUCGAACACGGGAGAUGGAAGGGUUUAUAUAGUCCAAAAAACCUGCAAGACUAGGGGAUUUUCAAGGAUUGGUGGAUUCCUAGAGGAAUUUUGGUUACAUAGGAAUUUAGCUGAACAUUUCAAAAAUUCUGGCAGAACAUCUUUAUUAGGGUGCAUUCAAGUUCUGAAUCAAACUCCAUAGGGUGGGGAGCACAUCACAUUCCAGAAACAGGUGAAAACACGGCCAAGCUUGAAUUUUGCAGCCAACAGAAAUGAACUUAUUCUGACCUUAUAAUAAAAUGGCUUCCAUACUUAAAGUGAAGUUAGGGUGGUUCAUCACUGCCACACAUGGCCAUGUUGUUCUAAUGUGGAGGCUGCUAGAGGUAGCCAAGAACCCCAAGCCCAAGGUCCUUUAACACCCAGUAAUUGGUACAUACAGUACAAACUUUGUUUAGGUAAUGCAUGCGGUAAUGAAAUCAUGUAUGAAUCAGAUUUUUAGUGUUUGAAAGUUUAAAACAUUGUGUGGGGAUUGUGUAUUUCCCCAAAUGGAAAUACUUUUUAACUGUUUGAAAAUUAAUCACUGGCUAGAAAAUUGGGUUAAAGGAGAAUGUCAGUAAAAAAUAGCCCCUAAUAAUCACUCAAGGAGAAACACUGCUCUGCUGACUUUGCCCUGGCUUGUAUUGUAUUUCAUAUGAUACAUAUGAAAUAUAUAUAAAAUACAUACACACACACACACACACACACACACACACACACACACACACACACACACACACAUAUAUAUAUGGGAUGUGAACUUAUUUAAAUUAUUUUACUUUGGAAAGUUGUAGCUGUUGACUCAAGUUUUUUUUAAUUUUUUUUUUUUCCAAGACAAGGUCUCAUUAUAUAGCUCUGGCUAUCCUGGAACUAUGUAAACCAGGCUGUCCUUGAACUCAAGAGAUCUACCUACCUCUACCUCUUAAGUGCUGGGAUUAAAGGCACAGGCCACUACAUCCAGCAACUCCUUAAAUUUAUGCAGUUAGUGGAUUAAGGUUUGUAGUUCAAAAGUUGUGAACUUGUGCUAAUCCACCGAAUUAUAAAAUAUGUCUUUUGAGACAGGAUCUCACUUCUAGUCUUUGAACUCAGAAAUCUGCCUGCCUUUCCUUGUUGGGAUUAAAGGUGUGCACCACCAUGCUUGGCUUAAUGAAACUUUGUCUUUAUUCAGGUUGUAAUCCAAUGAGCUGCUAUUUUUAGAUGGUAAAAGGAGCAUGCUCUAGUAACUUGACAAAAAGCAGGACCAGUGUUAUUCAUGUUCUCUCCUCUUUGUCUCGUAGAUAGGAAGCGAUGAACUUAGGCCCAAGUAAUGUGGUGCACUGAUCCAGAAGCAGGCGACACAGAAAGGCACCCCUCCCCUGACUUUAACGCUAUUAUGUAGAGUCCAAAAAGUCCAAUUGUGUAGAAUACAGUCAUGAAAUGACAGUGAGCCAACUAAUCCUUAGGUCGUAUCUGAACUUGUGUUCACAUUGGGUACAAGAUAUUCUUUAGUAAGGAAUUGAGUUAGAGAGGACUUUAUCCCCUCAAAAGAUGUGCAAAAUUCAACCAAAAAGAUGAACAAAUAUAUGAGUUCCCAGUUUGGAGAUAAGCAGAGAACUUGUUCUACUGAUAAUGACAAGAAAAUAAAGCUGGGGCCUGGGUUAUAGGGGCUGGUGACCCAGUAUUCCUAACAAGAUUAGAAUUUAGUGAAUCAAGCUGUUAGAAUCUCUGUUUACCUCAUGCAUCAGCAGGGGCCAUGAACUCACUUUGUUAAUCGAAUCCCUCCCUGACGUUAUAGUUACAGCCUUAGGGAGGAGAUUAGGUCAAAAUGGCUCUGCACAGAACUAGUCCCCUAUAAAAGGGACCUGGCGACUCCCUUCCACAUGCAGUCAUAGCAAGGCAGCUAGCUAAGAACCAGGGGGCAAGCUAUCACCAGGGGGCAAGCUAUCACCAGGGGCAAUAUAUCACCAGGCAUCUUGAACUUUGACUUCCCACGUUCCCAAACUGUGAGAAAUAAAUUUGUUGUUUACAAGCUA